GCAAUUCAGAGUCGGGAGGGAGAAGUGGAGGGUGUUAUAACCAGUUUUAACACCGCAUAAACAUCGACAGUGACGGAUUUGUAGGAAAUAUAGCUUCCUGUGCUUCCUACAAAGUCCGCCGAGGGAUUUCACAGGCUAGCCAUAUACUAUUCGGACGAAGGGCUUCGAUUACCAAGCCUGAAGAAGUCGACAGUCGACUUCUUGGAGCAUCGUGUGCCGAGGUGAAUUGAUGUUCAGCUCGGCUCCACGAGAAAACAACGCUCAUUGGCACAUGAAAACCUCAGACCUUGCUGGACAUAAAAGUGCAGCGAGAAGUAGACAGAAAACUACUUCGAGGACCUGGGACCCGAUUGGAGGUGGCAGAUUGAAGAGAGAUCUCUGCUUCGUCGAUUUUCUCACAACAAAGAGGUGACACGUAGUGCAGAAGCAAUAUGGGAGGUGGAGAGAGGUACAACAUUCCAGUUUCCCACCCUGAGCGCCCUUUGCCCAAGAAGAACCAUCACCUUGGCAGGGCUAAGCAGAGAAGCCGUGACCAGACCGGAGCAGCAGCAUCUGCAGGAGGGGCAGGCGGCCUUCACCAUCAUGGCCACCGUCGGAGUGACAAAGGCGCUGCUUACCACAGGUCUCCAGAGGCGCGGCAGGCCGCGUCCGCUGAAAAGAAUGCUUCUGUCCGUUUUGCCACAACCUAUGAUCAGAACUGGGAGGGUGCAGUGUGUCACCUCAACACGCUCCUGGCUACCCAGGGCAGCCCGAGCUAUGCAGGGCCUAAGUUUAGCGAGCCACCCUCGCCCAGCGUGUUGCCCAAACCCCCCAGCCACUGGGUGUCUUUCCCAAUAGGCUCCUGUGACAACAGGGAGAUGAUGGCCUUCCAGCUCAAGAGCCUUCUUAAGGUGCAGGCCUGAGAGGGAUACUCGCACUUGAUCAUUUAAAAAAAAAAAAGCCAAUGCAUGGACUGGGACUCUGUUGGGGCACCCACCCACCAGGAACGCCUCAGUGCUGUAAUACUUUUAGCUGUUUUUAGACUGACCCCUUUGAGGGUGAGUGAGUAUUUACAGCAAUGUUUUGCUGGUAAUGUUUAACAUCCAUUUUAAAAACCAGUGUUUUAAAAUAUUACAGCCUUGCAGCCUUGCUGGUCGGUUAUGCCUUUAGUAGAGUUAGUUUCUGACUAAUGACAAACUGGAUAUCCUUUGUACUUAUUUUUUGUUUUGUUCUUUUUAAUGUUGGCUGUCAAGGCAGAUUGAGUGUGCUUUUUGCUCAAACAAGGGAGUAGUAUAGGUCAGGUUAAUUCCCAUCACUUUUACAGUCCAUUUCUGUGGACAGACAUGCCUUUUCAUUUAUGUAGGAUUUGUAACAAACUUUUGGAGUCACCUCUAAACUUUCAGGUGCUAAAGCAAAUUCGCAUUUGUAGCAUUUCUUUUCAAGGGCCCAAUUUUCUUUUCUUAUAUGUAUCACAUUCCUUGUUUGAGAAGGAAAAUGCACUCAAUUGCAAUUCUGCAGGGAAAAAAAAGCUACUUUACUGGAGUUGAGCUGUAGUGGAUAAGUACAGGUCGAAAGUAUAACCUCAAACAAAGGCUAGCGAGAGACCGUGGCACACGGGCCUUGGACCUCCAACUCCUGUACCCUUUUUUAUUGCGCUGUGCGCACAUGCACUAUAGGAGUUGGGUGUGUCUAAGGUCCGCAACACUCUAUCAUAGCAUUAUUUUGUACAAGUCCUUUUUUGUUGUGGUUGAAAGAUGUAUGAAGUGCUGUGUGUAACCAAAGCAAUGUUUUGCUGUAUUUCCUUUUUUUAUUCUGGACAUCUGUGUGGUUGGCACUGUUGCCACUGCCACUUACACCUUGCCAGCCCAAGUGGUAAAUGGGUUGAUGUCCCCCGGGUUGUUUAAGUGUUCAUCUGUUCCACUCAGUACUGUUAUUAUUCCUCAGCCUCUGCCUCUUCAGGGCAGUGCAGCAGCUUCAACAUGCGGAAGAGGGCCUGACAUAGGUGUGGGAUUGUGGAGUUUCACUUUCUAAGUCAUAUGACAUGGUCCUGUUGGCUGUAUGCAUUCUCGCAUAAGGUGAGACAGGGCUGAGGAACCUUUCUGAAGUGAAGUAGCCCAAGGGGCUCAACAGGAGGCAGGAGGCUGGUGUUUGUGUUUACAAAAUAGGUCUCAAUGGCUGACCAUCCCAUAAUCAACAAGCACUUGCUGCGCCUUGCCUCUGCCUAUUGUUUACCCUCUUGCACUGCAAUCAGACUUUAUUUUGUAAGUUAUAGGCCAGGAUGCUAUUGAAAUGAUGGAGGCGCAUUUGACUAUCUUCCUAUGGAUUCUCUAUUUUUAUGAUUCAGUCCUCUAUUGAGGCUCUUUUUGCUUUCUCUCUGCAGAAUUGGAGCUGUUAGUGGCCAGCGUAAAGAUGACAAAACAAACUAUGAGCGCUUGUUAGUAUGUUAAAGAGCCAUGUAAAUACUGAAAUGUAUAAAGUACUUGUAGCAUAUGUACAUUUGCAGGCCACAUUUGAGGCCUGUCUGACAAAAGUAUUUUUAGUAAUAACACUGAAUGUAUAAGAUAUGCUAAGGACAUGUCUUAACUUCAAUACUGAAGAAUAUUUUUGUUAAAAAAAAUCUGCCUAUAGCAUUUGUGAGUACCCCUGCACUGUUAUCUUUCCAGAGAUCUUGCACAUGUUUUUUAUUGUUUUGUAUUAUGCAGUGUAGGGUGAAAGAUGCUGAGUGCAAACAAAGUAAAACUGCAACAAAUAUCAAUCUGAUUUUAGGAGACUUGCAUAUGUAAGGGUUUAUGAAUGUGCUUACAGUAUGUAAGCGUGAUGCUUUUAAUCUUAAGUUGACAUUGUGCCUAAGUUAAAACUCAUGCUGAAACUGACUGUUUUCACCGGAUGGCAAUUUUUGCAAAAACAAAUUUGACCAAAUGUAUUCAUCAGAGCCACUCUCAUUUCUCAGUUGUUCUUCCGCCAACUGAGAGCUGAUUUUGGCUCUGUGCUGUUUAAGUACUGCCUUCUAUUGGUUUUUCAUGUAAACCUUUUCUUUCUCACCCAGAUUGAAUCAUGCAUGGCAAUGUCUCCUUGUUCUAAAUUUUAUGAAUUGGCUAUGAAUUUGUCCCUCUGAUAUGUCACCGAAUAUAAAGAAAUGUGCCCUGUAUAAGAUUGGUAUGAAUUGGUAUUUUAAAAAAAAUAUGUAAAAGAAUGCAUUCUAUAAAUUGAUGACAAAGUUUUACCAAAAAAAAGAAAAAUAAAACCCUUCCCCUUCCCCCUCUA